AUGUCUUCCUGGAAAAAGGCCGCUAAGGCCAACCAGAAGACUCACAAAGAGCGUCACCAGCCCGAAUCAAGAAAACACUUGGGUCUUUUGGAGAAGAAGAAAGAUUACAAGAAGCGAGCUGAUGACUACCAUGAGAAGGGUGAGACGUUGAAGCUGCUGAGGAAGCGGACCCUUGACAAGAAUCCCGAUGAGUUUUACUACCAUAUGAUCAAUUCUAAAGUGAAAAAGGGGGAACAUUAUGAGAAAGAAAAAGAGGAUGAGCAUACUCCAGAGCAGGUGAAGCUGAUGCAGACGCAGGACAUAAAGUACAUUAACAUGAAGAGGACUAUUGAGAGCCGUUGGAUCAACAGGAUGCAAGCUCAACUCCACAUGACCGACAUAGCAGAUGCAACACCCAAUAAACACACAUUCUUUGUGGACGAAGGAGAAGAGAAAGACUUUGAUCUAGCCAAGAGACUGGACACGCACCCAGCAUUCCUGGGAAGGAAGACUAACAGACCUAGGAUAUCAGAUCUAGACAAAUUAAACUUACCAGAAAUUGAUGAAAAGACACUGGAAUCAAUGAAAAAGAAGAAAGAGAAGUUGUACAAUGAGCUCUCAAAGAGAAUAGAAAGGGAGAAAGAGUUAAUGGUGAUACAGAGGAAGAUGGAAUUAAAGCGACAUCUACAGGAUGCAAAAGAAUUGAAACCAAAGAGAGUAAAAAAAGGUUCAAAGUCUGCAGCACCUGAGUAUAAGUUCCAAUAUGUUAGGAAGAAGUGAUAUUAAUGCUAAGACAAGUUAUAUAUUUUGUUUUGAUGGAUGUGUUUUCAUCAAAAAUACCUGUCAUGUUGUAGUGUGUAAUACAAUCUAUCAGAAGGUAUAAACUCUAAGCAGUACAUUUUGUAUGUAUGACUAAAAUAUGAAGUUAAAAAUGAUGAAUAUGUGAGAGAAGGCAACAUUUCUAAGGCAUUUACUAAAUAAAAUAAAAAUACAGUCAAAUGUU